AUGGAGGGAGAGAGCAACGAAAGCGGGACGACUUCUAUCCAAGCUGAAACACUAACUCAAAGUUGCAGUGAGGAGGACUGCGACGAGUCCAAAAACUUCCAGGAACCAGAGGAAGACAACAAGGCUGACAGUGGAACCUGUGAAGAAGAGACUGAAGAGGAUCUAUGUAUCAGUGGUGCAGAGACGUUGCCACAGGAUACUCUGACAGCCACGAACACACAGGGUGAUGAUGACUUUGUCCCAUUGUCCCCACUGCCAACAGAGAAAGGGAUGAGCCCCCCUUCGGUGUCAUUUCAUCCCUCCAACACACAGAAUCGCCCAUCUGAACCCUGCUGGUACUGCCUGAGGUCUCUUGAUUCAGAGUAUCGUCCUGAAGCAGCUAAACAGGAAGACUCAGAUGCUGCAUCAACAUUGCCCUCUAGUGGCCAGAAAGUGAGCUACCAGACAGACCCUCGACCUCACUUUGGUGUCGCUUGUUCCUCCCGCUCCACGUGUCGCCCUCUGUGGGGCAGUGAGGGGCCCUGCUGGGGACAGAGGAACCAGGAGGUGCCGGAUCAGACAGACACCUGUCCUCAUUGCCAUCUGGGCUUGCCUCUUGAAACACUGCGAUGGCAUGAGACAAAAUGUCUACUGUUCGACGGGUUGAGGAGCUUGAAGAAAUGAAACCAGAUCUCAUUAAAAAAUGCUGCUUUUUUAAUGUCUGCUUCCUGUAUUCUCAGGAAAUUCUUUGCACCUUAAUUUUAUUUAUUUAUUUUGCAGUAGAUGCUUGUGCUAUUAAACAAUUAGUUUGGUCAU